AAGUCAGAGGCGAAUCUGAUUGGUCAAUGAUACCUGGAGCAGUGGAGAAUUUUUGACUGUUGAUUACUGAGGCAUAUGGAAACACAGAGAUCUCGCAAUAGUGUUAUUUUACCUCUCUCAUUAAGGGCUCUCUAUGGAUAUACUAACAUUUUAUCUAAAUAGAACAGGAAAAAAUCAGCAUUGCAAAUCCUGCAGAUCUAUCCUGCCAGGGGCCCGAGAAUCUCUCCAACUACUGAACCAGCAGCAUCUUCACUCUCCUCUGAAGGCGGCAGCUAUGACUCCUCGGUCUCUACUCAUGUCAGUCCUCGUCCUUGUCUCUUUCGAGGCUGCUUACGCCACUCCGAUGUGCAACAACUACUGCUGUAGGUUCGUGGAGAGCUUCCCUGUCCGGCUAAGGAGGCUCAGACAAGACUACUCACAGAUCCGGGACUUCUAUGAAGCAAACGAUGACUUAGACACAGCGCUGCUGGACCAGAGCGUGGAAAACUCUUUCAAAACCGACUUCGCUUGUCACGCCAUGGACAGCAUCCUGGACUUCUAUCUUAGCACGGUUCUGCCCACGGCACUGGCAGGAGUAACGGACGAGAUCAGGGACUUGAUGCCGCAUGUGGAGUCCAUACAACAGAUUUUCGACGCGCUGAAGAGUGAUGUCACCCAAUGUAGACACUACUUCUCUUGCAAGACACAGUUUGACAUAAAAACUCUAAACUCUACUUACACUCAGAUGGAAAGCAAAGGUCUGUAUAAGGCCAUGGGCGAGCUGGACGUGCUGUUUAACUACAUUGAAGUGUAUCUGGCUUCUAAACGACACAGAAACAAGGAAGCCUCUGCCAGAAGUUGAUGACCCUGAUCAAAAUGUGAACUUGUUCCUCUAAAGAAAAGAGAAAAUAGCAACCAAAUGACACUCUCCUAUGCAGCCACUCCGUUACUUUCAUUGGUUAAAGUGUUGAUUUCUGUUUUCAGCUCGCUGAGCUUGGUUCUGUUGAUCUGACAGUACAGUUGACCUUUUUGUCCUGAGGACAAGUUUUUGUAUUAUGACCCUGUAGAGUCCUACACAAGUCCUUUGACUUAAACUGCUUAUGAAGAAAAUAUUUAUUUUAUGUAUUAUAUGUGUUUUAAUUUAUACUGUUUUUUUAUUUUUUGAAAUAAAUGACUUGUUGUUUAAUUGAUGUCUCUGUUGAUUUUAUAAGCCUGGCAAAUUUCAUGUGCCUCCAGUACCAUUAUUCAGGAAUG